GUCCUCCAAAGGGGCGCGUCCUGUGUGGACACCGUCUUCAGAUCUGCGUCUCUGCCUCCUCCCUCCACCCCGCCUGCUCUCUGCGCUACAAGUAGCCCGGGGUCCCAGAACUUCCCCACGUUCCCCGCCGAACGCCGGGGAGAGUUUUCCGCUGCCAGAUGCCCGCGGCCCAGAUCUUGGCCCCGCAGGGAGCUCGGAAUCCGAGCGGACAGGGCGCGCACCGAUCCUGCCCACUGCUUCGCUGACCGCGCGCGCUCUCGCCGCAGGUGACUGCGGGUGGGGAGCUGCUGCACUAGGUGGCACCCACGUGGACCCAAUGAAGCGCAGCCUGGGGAAGAUGCUUCGCAUUGGGGAGAAGGAGCCCCAGGGCGUGGUUUACCACGGUGUUGAGGACAGCAUGCCUGACUCCAAGGACUUUAAGGUGGUUUUUGAAGGAAACGAAUGUAGAUUACAACACUUCAUCAAGAACCGAUGGAAAUUAAGCAAAUAUGAAGAGGCAAAUGUCUCUCCUUUGCAUCAUGCUGCAGCAGAAGGUGAACUAGAACUGAUGAAGAUGAUUAUCAGUGGUUCUUCUUGUGAAGUGCUGAAUGUAAUGGACAAUUUUGGAAAUACCCCUCUGCACUGGGCUGCAGAAAACAACCAGGUUGAAAGUGCUAAGUUUCUUCUCACUGAAGGAGCAAACCCCAACCUCCGAAACAGCAGCAUGAUGGCGCCCCUUCACUUAGCUGUGCAGGGGAUGUACAAUGAGAUGACAAAGGUCUUGAUCGAGCACAGCAGUACUAAUAUUAAUUUGGAAGGAGAAAAUGGAAACACAGCUGUGAUGAUCACAUGCUCCAAAGAUAACAGUGAAGCACUGGAAAUUUUGUUAAAAAAAGGAGCUAAGUUGUGUAAAUCAAAUAAAUGGGGAGAUUUCCCUGUUCACCAAGCUGCAUUUUCAGGUGCCAAAAAAUGCAUGGAAUUAAUAUUACAGUUUGGUGAAGAAGAUGGGUACAGCAGACAGUCUCUUAUUAACUUUUUGAAUAAUAAGCAAGCCAGUCCACUCCACCUGGCAGUUCAAAGUGGCAACCUGGAAAUGAUUAAAAUGUGUCUUGACAAUGGUGCUCACAUAGAGCAGAUAGAGAAUGGGAAGUGCAUGGCUCUGCAUUUUGCUGCAACCCAGGGAGCCACUGAAAUUGUUAAACUGAUGAUAUCAUCCUAUUCUGGAAGCAGCGAUAUUGUUAAUGCAGUCGAUGGAAAUCAUGAGACCCUGCUUCACAGAGCCUCCCUAUUUGAUCACCAUGAACUAGCAGACUACUUAAUUUCAGUGGGUGCGGAUAUGAACGUCACCGAUUCUGAAGGACGUUCUCCACUUGUAUUAGCAACUGCUUCUGCAUCUUGGAAUAUUGUAAAUCUGCUGCUAUCGAAAGGUGCCAAAGUGAACAUAAAAGAUCAUCUUGGACGUAAUUUUUUACAUUUUACUGUGCAGCAACCACAUGGAUUAAAGAGUUUGAGACCUGAGUUUAUGCAGAUGCAAGAAAUUAAGGCACUGGUAAUGGAUGAAGACAAUGAUGGUUGCACUCCUCUACAUUACGCUUGUAAACAGGGAGUCCCUGUCUCUGUAAAUAACCUACUUGGUUUUAAUGUGUCCAUUCAUUCCAAAAGCAAAGAUAAGAAAUCACCCCUGCAUUUUGCAGCCAGUUAUGGGCGUAUCAACACCUGUCAGAGGCUCCUACAAAACAUAACUGAUACAAGGCUGUUGAAUGAAGGGGACCUUCACGGGAUGACUCCUCUCCACUUGGCAGCAAAAAAUGGACAUGAUAAAGUAGUUCAACUUCUUCUGAAGAAAGGUGCAUUGUUUCUCAGUGACCACAAUGGCUGGACUGCUUUGCACCACGCUUCCAUGGGAGGGUACACUCAGACAAUGAAGGUCAUUCUUGAUACCAAUUUGAAGUGUACAGAUCGACUAGAUGAAGAAGGGAACACAGCUCUCCACUUUGCUGCGAGAGAAGGGCACGCCAAAGCUGUUGCACUUCUUCUGAACUAUGACGCGGACAUAAUUUUGAACAAACAGUGGGCCUCCUUUCUGCACAUUGCACUCCACAAUAAGAGGAAGGAGGUGGUUCUCACCACCAUCAGGAACAAAAGAUGGGAUGAAUGUCUUAAGGUUUUUAAUCAUUGUUCUCCAAGCAAUAAAUGUCCAGUCAUGGAAAUGAUAGAAUACCUCCCUGAAUGCAUGAAGAUUCUUCUAGAUUUCUGCAUGAUACCGUCUACAGAGGACAAAUCCUGUCAAGACUACCAUAUUGAAUACAGUUUCAGAUACCUUCAUUGUCCUUUGGGAUUAACCAAAAAAAUAACACCUGAACAAGAGGUUCAAUAUGAGCCUCUUCCAAUCCUCAAUGUUAUGGUGCAACACAGUCGCAUAGAGCUUCUCAACCAUCCUGUGUGUAAAGAAUAUUUACUUAUGAAAUGGUGUGCCUAUGGAUUUAGAGCUCAUAUGAUGAACCUAGGAUCUUACUGUCUUGGUCUCAUACCCAUGACUCUUCUUGUUGUUAAUAUAAAGCCAGGAACAGCUUUCAACUCAACUGGAAUCAUCAAUGAAACUCAUGAUCAUUUGGAAAUAUUAGACACUACGAACUCAUAUCCAAUAAAAGUUUGUAUGAUUUUAGUUUUUUUAUCAAGUAUAUUUGGAUAUUGCAAAGAAGUUGUCCAAAUUUUUCAGCAGAAAAUGAAUUACUUUUUGGACUAUAACAAUGCUUUGGAAUGGAUUAUCUACACAAAAAGCAUCAUUUUUGUGCUGCCCUUGUUUGUUAACAUACCAGCAUCUGUACAAUGGCAAUGUGGAGCAAUUGCAAUAUUCUUCUAUUGGAUGAACUUCUUAAUGUAUCUUCAAAGGUUUGAAAAUUGUGGAAUUUUUAUUGUUAUGUUGGAAGUAAUUUUCAAAACUUUGCUAAGGUCUACAGGAGUAUUUAUCUUCCUUCUUUUGGCUUUUGGACUCAGCUUUUAUGUCCUUCUAAAUGUACAGGAGGCCUUUAGCUCGCCAUUGCUUUCCUUAAUCCAGACCUUCACCAUGAUGCUAGGAGAUGUUAAUUACCGAGAUGCAUACCUUGAACCUUUUUUGAGAAAUGAAUUGGCAUAUCCAGUUCUAUCUUUUGCACAACUUAUUGCCUUCACAAUGUUUGUCCCAAUCGUCCUAGUGAAUUUACUUAUUGGUUUAGCAGUUGGUGACAUUGCUGAAGUCCAGAAACAUGCAUCUUUGAAGAGGAUUGCUAUGCAAGUAGAACUUCAUACAAGCUUAGAAAAAAAGCUGCCCCUUUGGUUCUUGCGCAAAGUUGAUCAGAAGUCCAUCGUCGUGUAUCCCAAUCGGCCCAGACAUGGAAGGAUGUUACGUUUAUUUCAUUAUUUUUUUGGCAUCCAAGAAACAAGACAAGAAAUACCAAAUACUGAUACAUGUUUAGAAUUAGAAAUGUUGAAACAGAAAUACCGGCUAAAAGACCUCUCUACUCUCUUGGAAAAGCAGCAUGAGCUAAUUAAACUCAUCAUUCAGAAAAUGGAGAUCAUCUCCGAGACAGAGGAUGAAGAUAACCACUCUUCUUUUCAAGACAGAUUCAAAAAAGAGCGGCUGGAGCAAAUGAACAGCAAAUGGAAUUUUGUUUUAAAAGCAGUUAAGGCAAAACCGCACUGUCCUAAGCACUAGCCACUCCCUUCAAUGGGCUCCUUAGGGGUGUGGGCUGCAUGACUUACUGCGUGUAAUUUAAAUUUGGUAAGAGUGAGAAAGAAGCAAAAAUCUAAUUAAUAUCACUAUAUAAGAAACUGUGGUUCCCACAUUUUAUGUCAAAGUAAAUUAUUUCUUUCUAUUCCUAUUUUCCAUCAACCACUGUCUAUUGAGAAUAUCUUUGCUGAAAUGUUCAAGUUGAAUUUUAAUGAAAGGUAAUCUCAUUAUUUGAAUAGAUAGAAAACAAAUUCUCUAGAACACAAACUUUUAAGAACAAAGAGUAAUAAAUAUAGCUGUUAAGGUAGAAUGCAAAUGUCAACCUUGUAUUCACACUUGAUAGUCAUAUAGCACGAGAGGCUUUAGAUAAUUGUCACAAAUAUUAGGUUUAGUUCUAUCAUGUGGAAAACUUCACUGUGGCAGAAGCACCUGUAUGAUAACUGGCCAUGCCCUUCUUGCUGGUCCCAGCAUACGUGGCAUCACUUUCAGCCAUACAAUUAACGUCCUAAUAUUGAUGACAUGUAUGAAGUUUACUACAGAUAAUAUGUGUUGAUUGUGUAGGGUGGCUUCAGUGAUCAUAAUAAAUAUAAAAUCUAAAUAGUAAUCCCUCAGAAAUCGGUGUGAGCCUUUUGUUGCAUUUAGUUUGUUGUUGUUUUUUUUGAGAUUUGAAAAAAAGUCUCAUAUCUCUCCUUUUUCUUUUGAUAUUCAGUAGAAAGUAUGAAUCAAUCACACAUCUCAUCACUGAUUGCUUCAAGGUCCUUCUCUCAUCUUAUUUUCCCCUUUAUCCUGAUUCUGAUGUUUAUUCCCUCACUAUCCUCAGGAAAUGCCCACUCCAGUUAAUAUAUCUACAUAUGUCCUUGUAUUAUGCUGGAACCGUGUUUUAAGUGUUGUUGUUGUUUUUUUUUAAUGUGAAUGAUAUCAUUUUGUGGCUUUGUGUCUCUUACUGUUUCCCACUGGGUACUAUGUUUACAAGAUAAAACUGUUACCACAUGUGCAGCUAGCACAGCACCUCUAAUGGCUUCUUAUCAACUUCAUUGUGUGCACCCACCAUGCUAGACUUGCUUGAUCUAGACGUAGACAUCUUGGCACCCUCCACUCUCCUGAUAUGACACAUAUUUUCAAAUAUACACUCCAUAUAUAAUGGCAGAGUACUAAGGAACAAUUUAUAUUAUUUUGUACAUUCACAUAGACACAGACCAUUUAUUCUGAGAGAGCUGAAGAAAUCACGGGGGAACAAGCCAGGAGCUGGGGCUAAUGACUGCAGGUACAUUUACUUUAUAUAUACUAAAGCCAGACGCAAAAUCUUUUGCAAUCAGAUAAAACUGCAAGUACCAUGUUUUCUGAGAUGCUGGACAGUGUCCCAGCCAUAGAGAUACCGGGUGGAUCCUAUGAAGCAAUGAAACCAAAUUGUAGUCUUCAGCAAGGAACUCAAAGUCUCUCCAUUCUAGCAGGGCAGAUGGUCAGCAGGCAGCUGGGUCACUUAGCUGGUUGCCUUUCAGAUAUGGGUUAAGUUAUAGAAACCAGCAAUCUCCUGGAGAGCUAUAAUAUUGAACUAUAAAAAUUUGUCCACUAAGCCAAGCAUGGCGGCACAUAACUAUCAGCUCUGGGAAGCUGAACAAGGAGUGUACAACUUUGAGCCUAGCCUGGGCAACUUAGCUA